AUGGGUCUGGAAGGGGGGCCUGUGGGCCGGGGUCCCCGAGCCCUGAGCUUCCUCUGGGUCCCAGCUGUGGACCGGGUGGCGUCGCCAGCUGCUCGAAGAUCUCAGCCGGCCAAGGCGGGACGCCUGACAGCCGCGGCCCGGGGCGGGGCCGGGGGCGGGGCGGAGAGUCAGCUCCACGAGCUGCCCUGGGUGUGCGAGGAUGGCACCGAGACCCCCGUGGUCCUGCAGGGCCACAUCGACUGUGGCUCCCUGCUCGGCCACCGCGCCGUCUACCGCAUGUGCUUCGCCACGGCCGCCUUCUUCUUCCUUUUCACGCUUCUCAUGAUCUGCGUGCGCAGCAGCAGGGACCCCCGAGCUGCCAUCCAGAACGGGUUUUGGUUCUUUAAGCUCCUGGUCCUCGUGGGUAUCACCGUGGGUGCCUUCUACAUCCCUGAUGGCUCCUUCUCCAACAUCUGGUUCUACUUUGGCGUCGUGGGCUCCUUCCUCUUCAUCCUCAUCCAGCUGAUCCUGUUCAUCGACUUCGCGCACUCCUGGAACCAGCGGUGGCUGGGCAAGGCCGAGGAGUGCGACUCCCGCGCCUGGUACGCAGGCCUCUUCUUCUUCACCUUCCUCUUCUACACGCUGUCCAUCGCCGCCGUGACGCUGCUCUUCAUCUACUACACCCACCCUGACGGCUGCUACGAGGGCAAGGCCUUCGUAGGCCUCAACCUCGUCCUCUGUGUCUCUGUGUCCAUUGUCGCCGUCCUGCCCAAGGUCCAGGAUGCCCAGCCCAACUCGGGACUGCUGCAGGCCUCGGUGGUCACGCUCUACACCAUGUUCGUCACCUGGUCAGCCCUAUCCAACGUCCCUGACCAGAAGUGCAACCCGCACCUGCUGAUCAGCUACGACAAUGAGACGGUGCUGGCGGGCCCCGAGGGCUACGAGACCCAGUGGUGGGAUGCCCCAAGCAUCGUGGGCCUCGUCGUCUUCAUCCUGUGUACCCUCUUCAUCAGCGUGCGCUCCUCGGACCACAGGCAGGUGAACACCCUGAUGCAGACGGAGGAGUGCCCGGCCAUGCUGGAGGCUGCGCAGCGGGAGCAGCAGCAGCAGGCCGCCUGCGAGCACCGAGCCUUCGACAACGAGCAGGACGGCGUCACCUACAGCUACUCCUUCUUCCACUUCUGCCUGCUGCUGGCCUCCCUGCACAUCAUGAUGACGCUCACCAACUGGUACAGCCCCGGUGAGGCCCGGAAGAUGGUCAGCACGUGGACCGCCGUGUGGGUGAAGAUCUGUGCCAGCUGGGCGGGGCUGUUCCUCUACCUGUGGACGCUGGUGGCGCCCCUGCUUCUGCCCAACCGUGACUUCAGCUGAGGCAGCCCUCGGCAGGCUGCCAGCCAGUGCCUCGGGGCUCAGCGACAGCAGCCAGGCUGAGCCCCAGCCCUGCCCCUCCUCCGGGACUGCCCCCGCCCGGACCCCCAUUCUGGUGCCUUCAAGGUCAGAGAGGCUUUCGCCCCAGCCUCCGGCCACCCCGACCUCACCUCCUCUUUUCCCUGCCCCUGGUCACGCCCACCCGCUUGUUCUCAGGCCCCCCACCACGGGGACUGAGGGAGAGCUGCUCAGAGAGCAAGGGGCGCUUGGAGCCCCCUCACCAGUGCCCACCCUGAGGCCCCGCCCACCUCCGACAGCCACCAUGGUCCCAUGAUGUGGGGGGGCCUACCACGUUCCCCGGCCACAUGUGCCUUAUCUAGUUUCUGAGACUGCCCAAUAAACAAGCCAGCGGCACGCC